AUGCUCAGAGUCAACGGCGCCAGUCAUGUUCAUCUUGAGGCGGAUUCCCGGUGCAGAAGACCGUUCCGAAGGCGCCUGACACGUCGCGCGAUUGUGAGCUCAGCCACCAUCUUCAUCCCUUGGGGCCCUGGCGAAACCCCAGAAACCCAUUUCCCACAGCAGACAGUUGUGCGGGUGAACCAGCCUCGCUUCGUCAAUCGCUACGACAGCCGUGAAAUCCUGAUUGUGGUCGAUGGGAGCUGCUGGAACAGUGGAAAUACAAGUAAUUCAUCCCAGCCGCCUUCCGGGGGAUGCAGCUUCGUAUACAAAGGCGGCUCGACCCUUGGACCAGUGACGACUUUCCCCUUUCUUCAAGAUGGCACCGAGGUUGGAGGUACCAUCGGAUUUCCAUUAGAGAUGACAGGCCCAGGCGGUGAAAUGUAUGACCCAACUAGCAACAGAGCCAAGCUCCGAGCAGUGAUUGCUGCGCUGGAAUUCCGCCUCUGGCACCUCGAGGGAUGA